UCUCCCAUCUUGCUUCGAGCCUCAAAAGUACCAUCAUCACGCUUAGGUCGUUUGUUUCAUUAUGGCUCAUUGGCAGCGUCGCUUUCCCUUGGAGCAGCCUCAGAAUCCUUACGUCGUUCAACUGGCGGCUCGUCCGAAGGAAGCGUUUUCAUGUCCGAUGCCAACAUUCGACGGUUGGUAGCUAGUCUCAGUCGGAUGAGAGGGGCCGCUUUGAAACUCGGACAGUUCAUGUCUAUCCAAGAUAAUCAUCUUCUACCACCGGAGAUCGAAAGGGUUUUGCAACAGGUGCAAGCACAUGCGGAUUAUAUGCCUGAUUGGCAGAUGGAGAAAGUCAUGCGGUCCGAAUUAGGACCCGACUGGAACUCCCUUUUCUCCACAUUCGAUCGCACUCCCGUGGCUUCCGCCUCUAUAGGCCAAGUUCACCGUGCGACACUAGCAUCUACAAACGCCGCCGUAGCUGUCAAAGUUCAAUUCCCCGGAAUAGCCGAAUCAAUCUCUUCUGACCUUGGCAAUCUUUCCAUGCUCCUUCGUUCGUCGUCGUUACUCCCGAAAGGUCUCUAUUUGCAGAAUACCAUAGCUGUCAUGAGAGGUGAAUUGGCGGACGAGUGUAAUUACAUUCUGGAAGCUGAGGCAUGUCGAAAGUUUGGGAACAUGUUGGCUGGGGAUGAGUUUUUCGACGUGCCGAGUGUAGUGGAUGAGGCCUCGACGGGAAAGGUUUUGACCACUGGGUGGGUCGAGGGAAGACCUCUAAGUAAGAUGAAGGGUUUAUCUCAGGAAGAUAGAGAUAAGAUCGGUACCAAUAUACUCCGCCUGUGUUUGCAAGAGCUAUUUCAAUUCAGAUUCAUGCAAACGGAUCCUAAUUGGGCGAAUUUCUUAUAUAACCCCCAAUCCGGUCGCCUGGGUCUGGUCGACUUUGGUGCGUCAAGGGAGUACACCAAGAAAUUUAUGGACGGUUGGUACAGACUCCUAAAUGCUGCAUUAUCGGAAGACAGACAAGCUAUGAAGGAUGAGAGUCUGACAUUGGGUUAUUUGACGGGGGAGGAGAAUGAUGUCAUGUUGGACGCACACCUUCAGUCCAUGUCACUUAUAGCCAGUCCAUUCCGACAUGAAGGAAAUUACGCAUUUGCCAAUCAAACAAUCACCGAUGGUGUCAGACAACUUAUUCCUAUAAUGUUAAAACAUCGACUGACCCCUCCACCACAAGAAACAUACAGUUUGAAUCGGAAACUCAGCGGUGCGUUUUUGAUGUGUGCAAAGUUGGGUGCGAAUGUGGAUUGUCAAAAACUAUGGGAGGAUCAUGUAGGAGGAUACAAGCAGGGA